AUGGCAAGUAGUACUGCAGUAACGAGAGACUAUGGAAAAAGAACGGCAAUUGUUACUGGAUCCGCGCGGGGGAUAGGUAAAGCUAUCGCGAUCAGAUUAGCCGAAGAUGGUUUCGAUGUUUGCAUCAAUGAUAUUUCUGCAAAUCAAGCGGGUAUUGAUGAGACGGUGAAAGAGAUCCAGAAUCUGGGACGAGCAUCAUACGGUCACGUUGCGGAUGUUUCCAAACGUGCCGAAGUGGAUGGUUUGGUUGAAGCCUCGGUUAAGAAUCUAGGGACUUUGAAUGCCAUGGUUGCGAAUGCUGGGAUUGCGCAAGUCAAAUCGCUUUUAUCGCUCUCUGAAGAUGAGGUUCGGAGAAUGUUCGACGUGAAUGUUUUUGGUAUUUUUAAUUGUUAUAGCGCUGCUGCCAAGCAAAUGAUUAAACAGGGUGGAGGUGGAAAGAUAAUAGGUGCUGCUAGUGCUUCGAAAUUCGCCGUAAGAGGCUUCACUCAAGCCUUUGCUAUGGAAAUGGCUGAACAUAAGAUUACUGUUAAUGGUUAUGCGCCUGGAAUAGUUGGAACAGCCAUGUGGGAUUUGAUAGAUGAGGAACUUGGAAGGACAAAAGGUGUUGAGAAAGGAACGACGAUCAAGAAGUAUACUGAUGAACUUAUCUUGCUGGGAAGAACGAGUGUUCCUACAGAUGUAUCGAAAUGUGUUAGUUAUUUGGCGAGUCCAGAUAGUGAUUAUAUGACAGGACAGACUUUGAUUAUUGAUGGUGGAAUCGUUAUGAAUUAA